GCAACUGACCCAAAAGGAUCACUGUCAGGCGAAUUGGCAGUUGCCGCCAACGCUCAUGUCAGGAUCACCAUCGCGGCCUGCAACGCCCAGCGUCGUCGCUCGAGCCUCUCCGUCGCGACUGGCUAUUCCGUCCGUAUUAAAACCGUCGCCGUCGCUGUCAAACCUUCAUGUUCACGGUCAAUCUUCGGCACCCUCGCAGCCAGGUCUCGAAAGCUCAGCGUCAUCCAUCAUCGGUGUCGAGCUCAACGAGGGCAUUCUGGUCCAGGACGUCGAUGCCGAAGCUGAGACGGUAGAUUCCGAAGACGUCGUCGCUGUCGGUCAACUUGACGUCUUUGCCGGUGACGCGGAAGCCAAGACGACGCUCCGCGACCAACUCAGGAAGACACUUAAUCACAGGCCCUCAAGGGAAUUGCCGACUCCAUCACGCAAGCGAGGAAAGAAAGUCGAAGUCGCACUGGAUGUAGACUCCAAAUAUGCACCUCGUGAAUAUUUCGUUCUUACAGAUGCCGGAAAGCCCGUCUUCACAAGUCAGACGGAAACAGAGUCGGAGUCGUUUACUUCGAUCAUUGGCGUUAUGCAAGCUCUCAUUUCUGUCUUCAUCGAUGACCAUGAUAAGCUGCGAUGCAUCAAUGCCGGUAAUACGAGAAUAGUUUUUUUACAACGGUCUCCUCUCUACUACACAUGUGUCUCCUCUUGGGGCGAGCCAGAAUCUGUCGUAAGUAAUGGCUUCUUUGUACAGCAUCGAUCUCAUAACGUAAAGACAAGGUCCCACUUGGAGUUUCUCCAUCUUCAAAUUCUAAGCAUUGUCACUGCAUCCCAGCUGCGUAAAAUAUUUGAACGUAGAACUAACUUUGACCUACGCCGACUGCUUGACGGCACGGAGACAUUCCUACAUUCGAUGUUGGACCGACUUGAGUUUGAUCUUGCCAUGGCUACGUCGUCACUACAUUGCCUUCGGCUUGAUCCUAUGGUGCGGAAACGUGUCGCCGAUACUCUCGUUCCGACGUCCAAAGUAAAGGACAUACUCUAUGUCAUCCUUAUUGCACGAGGCCGUGUAGUGACCCUCAUUCGACCUAAGAAGCAUUCAAUACACCCCGCUGACAUUCAUAUCCUCAUGAAUACCGUCCACAAUCCCUCUAUAUAUAAUUCCCCUGCGGCAGCCUCUUGGAUUCCAAUUUGUCUACCCAAGUUUAAUCCGAACGGGUUCAUGAAUGCGUAUAUAUCUUUUUUGCAGAGAGACAAUCCAGAGGAAUCAAUGGCACCUAGUUCCGGCUCCCCACAGCCAAGUCCGAGUGACAACGUCGUUGACUCUGAUUCCGGGACGGCCUUGGUGUGUUUAAGUGGCGGGGCUGACUUUGAUACCAUCCGGAGUUGGUGCGACGGGGUGACUCAGAAACUAACGAACGAAGGAACCCUGAAACUUCUGUUGGACUGCCUUCGGUCGGGACAAUCUGAGUACGCCGUUGCGGAACUCGGGAUACCUGGCCUCCGUCACUUCGUGUACAAGUCGCGAGCGCAAGUGCAAGUCACCUUCCCGACAUUCGAGGAUCCUUACGAGAAUCUAACAGAUCGCCGACGGAUCAUCACUCUUUAUCAAGUUCUGCAUGAUGCCAUUCAUGCGAAAUCCGGACAAAGCGAAACGCUCAAGCUGCAGUAUAUCAGGACGGAGAAGGAGAGCGUCAUGGGAUGGAUAACGCAACCUUUUGAGAUGUACAUUGCCCUAUCUCCGAGGCUUCCGAAGAGUGCUGUUGUUGGGGCUGCAAAUGCUGUAUCGCGGUGGGUGAAGAAGGAGGAGGGGCGCUUGGACGGAUCCUUGUAUCGUAAUUAUGUGGACUACCCUGGUGCCUGCAAUAUCUCGUCAGGAUCUCCGCUGGUGUUCAAGUCGGAUUGA